CAUCUCAUUCCCUGAUGAGGGCUGCUUUCUCUGUUUUAGUUUGCUGUUCUUUUAGGAGCUGGACAAGAAGACAGCGUUAAACCUGCUUUAAACUUGAAGACAGAACUCUUUGAUCAGCAAACUUGCUUUCUUGGUUUACAUUAACUUAACUCCACUGGUUUAAUUGUUCCCAGCAGUGCUGUUGCAUUCUGGGAUACGCAUUGUGGGAUUACCUAAAGAGGAUCAUGGCUGCCUCACACCUGUUUUUGAAUGUGUUGACUGCUAUUUUACUGUUAAGCUACGUUUCUUACGGUCAAAAAUCCAACACCGCCAGCACAGGUGUGCAAGCCACCAAUCAGACGGCUGCUCCGUCUGGUGCUCCAGAGGUCACUCUUGCAACCCCGGGGUCAGAUGCAGACGAUAUCCCAUCAGCUGGGAGCCGUUGUUGGGGUUACUAUGAUGUAAUGGGCCAAUGGGAUCCUCCGUUUAAUUGUAAUGCAGGAAUAUACCUGUUCUGCUGUGGCUCCUGCUACUAUCGAUUUUGCUGCCAGUUCAAGGUUCACAGCCUGGACCAGACAUCUUGUUCCAAUUACGACACGCCGGUGUGGGCCAACACAGGCAAGCCAGCGGCUCCGGUGACCGAUGUCCAGGAGGAACCGGAUCGAGACCGCACUCACAUGAUUGUGUACAUAAUAUGUGGAGUGGUGGCCAUCAUGGUGCUGGUUGGGAUCUUCACCAAACUGGGUCUGGAAAAAAGUCAAGGAGGACAGACUGACAUGACAAACUCCAGGGCCCUGACGGAACUGCUGAAACAGCCAGGCGAGCCUGGGGGUGUGGAAAGAGGAGGAGGUCACCACCCUAUGGGAUCCAACGGCAUCUCUGGCAGGUCAAUGCGCACCAACAACGAGCAUAACCACCUGAAUAAUGUCACGCAUCCUACUUUGAGUCCCGUAAUGACUCUGUCCCAGCCUCACAACAAUCUGGGCUUCAACAAAUACUCCUCUCUCAAGACCAUGGAUACUACAGCAAGGGAUUAUUACCCCAAGAGCUAUACCAUGAUGGAUUACGCACAACGCCAAUCCUCGCCUGCAACCUUCCAACCCAUUGCUUUCCACCCAAAAGAUAAACACUUUCUUCCCCCUCCGGACAUCCAUACUCCUUUGGCCAUUACCAUUACAUCAUCUCAAGUCCCCAAGCCCAAGAUCUCCAAGACUAACACCCACCCACUCACCUCAAGCUCAGCCUUCAAAGUGUGGGACCCCAACAAGAGCCAUAUACAGGUACAACACCAGGUCCCUCUCAUGAUGCAGCCACCACUGUCUCAACCAAACAGUCGGCGCCAGGUCUUCUCCAACAAGCGUCAGUUUAGCAUCGAGACUCUUCCAGAGUUGUUCUCUCAGCCUCUGGGGUAUGGACAGUCUCCGCACCUCCAACCACAACACAAGGGACUGCACACAAACAGCAAAACGGAAGUGACGGUCUGAGGGGAAAGCCUGAACUGGAUGUGAAAUCUUCUACACAUGUGCUUCAGUUAUAUUUAUAGUAUAUUUUUUCCUUGUAUUCAUUUUGGACUAGAUUUACUUUCAUUGUACAAAAAUACAAAGAACUGAAGGGGAAAAUGUUGCAUGGUCUAGAUUCUGAUUCUACUUAGGCCUUGAAUCCCUGCUGAUCCUACCUCCCCCCUAAAAUUCUGGUCUGUUGUUCUUGUACUGCUGGCCUUCAGAUGUCUCUUGUGGACCGGACCCAUGUGUCCGAUGGCAAAGGGCAGGAGCCUUGCACCUCAGCCCCCUUCACACCAUUCUGGAUAAGGCCAUUGUCCUGUCAACUUUCAUCAGCCAAGAGCUGCCACACAGUGAAAUAUUAUUCAGACAAUUCUAGACCACUGAGGACAAAGAACAGUGAGGAAGCAUACGGAAGAGGACAGUGAAAAAACCAAGGUGCCCUGUGAGAGGAAAAGAGAGUGUUGUGAUGUUUAAGAGUUUAUUUCAGUCAACGGAUGAGGAUCUAGGUGAAUUUGGCAAAGUCCAAUGUCCCUAGGACUCUUUACCUCAACACCUUUAUCAAAGGAUGCAUUCCAGCACUUGUCCAGGGAGCAGACCGCCAACAUCACCUCAAAUCAUAGCUAUUCUGUUUCUCUUUCAAACUCUUGUUUGGGACACAGCACAGGUAAAGACAAGGUCGAUAAGCAAGUCUCUAUGACAGACAGACCACAAGAGAGACAUUUCAGGGGACGAUAGUCACCUGCAGAGAUGAGGUGCCAUAGUGACGGAGGAGCACAGAUCUAGGUGAACAAAUCCAGCAGUGUCAUAUGAAACACUGCCAAAACAACUUUGCUAAAUUGACCCAUGUGUAUUCCUUGCAAUAUCUGUCAAACAGCCUGCUUCGAAUUCUCUCUAAUGCUAAUUCUCCUCUCGAAUGCUUUGAAUACUUCUGAAUGUAGAUAAUUAUCCUUUUCGUGAAAGCAAGAACCUAUUAGAUUGAUGAUUUGGUGGCAAAAUCUAGCAUGUAGCAGCAAUACCUACACCCUGUUGUAGCAUCCUAAUGCAAAUGGCAUGGGAAACCACUAAAUCUGGUAGUGGCCAUCAGUUUUAAAGUGAAGAUCUGUGAUUUUAGGUGCCUUGGGAGUUGCUCAAGAGACCAAGGAAAAUGGUAGCAAUACUAGGCCUGUCUGUCCUCUCCUGCUUGGGGCCAAAUGACUGAUGGACACAGCUGUCAAACUCACUCUCUGCUGUUCCAAGCUGUUUCCAGCCAGGCGUUUGGCUGCCACACUGCCACAGAAUACCAGGGGGCGCUGUAAUUAAUGACAGGUUGGUUCUAAUUCAGCAGAUCCAAAAUGUGUUCUACCAAACUGCCUGUGGACGGUUUUUUAUUUUUCGUCUGUCUUAUCUUUUUUCAUUCACAAUGGAUCCGAAUGGAGAUAUAUGGUUCUUGCUUAAAGACAAAAGGCGUGACUACAAAACUAAAUUUUGAUUUUUUUUUAUGCAUCAAUUUAAAGGAGACCUGCAGAGAUGUCUGAUGGUGACCUCUUGCUUCUUCACACAACA